GUUAGGUUGCUGGUGACGUGCAGUAGCCGCACUUAGCAGAGUUGGGGCGUGGUGCGAGCGCAAGGUUCCUGCUUUAAAACUUAAACCCAUCGAAGAACAACGGCACUAUUCACUUUCUGACCGGAGUGCACAUAGUCGGGAAACUGGACUUACUUGAGUGUGAAUUAAGCCUUCAGCGCAAUGGCGUGUUUUAAGCGCUGUCUUUGUGUCUUUCUCACCCUCCCGGGGGUACUGCAAUGGACCGGGGUCUCAGGGUUCAACCUUGAUACCGAGAAUGCCUUCAAAAAAGUCGGUGAACCUGACAGCCUCUUUGGAUUUUCUCUUGCCAUGCAUAGGCAACUAAAGCCCUCCGAUAAAAGAAUGCUGCUGAUUGGGGCCCCUCGUGCCAAGGCGCUGAACAGCAGAGAGGUCAAUAUCACGGGAGGACUGUAUAGCUGUGAGGUCACUCCUCAGGCCAAUGACUGCAAGCGGGUCAUUUUCGACAAUGAUUAUAACCCUGCAGUGGAGGGAAAGGAGAACCAGUGGAUGGGGGUGGUAGUGCAGAGUCAGGGACCGGGGGGAAAGAUCUUGACCUGUGCCCAUCGCUACCAAAGACGGCAGUCUCGCGAGUCCUGGGACGUCACAGGCCGCUGCUACGUCUUAAGCCAAGACCUAACCGUCAACCCCAAAGCCGACGAGGAUGGUGGCAGCUGGAAGUUCUGUGAUGGCCGUCCUCGGACCCAUGAGAUGUUUGGGUACUGUCAACAGGGUCUGUCUGCCACCUUCACAAAAGACUACCACUACCUGGUUUUUGGAGCACCUGGGGCCUACAAUUGGAAAGGAAUUGUCCGGGCGGAGCAGAGGAACAGCACUCUGGUGGAAAUGAACAUUUAUGAAGAUGGGCCUUACGAAGUUGGCGAUGAGGACACCUUUAACCCUUCACUGGUGCCCGUGCCUCCCAACAGUUAUUUAGGAUUUUCUUUGGACUCCGGCCACAACAUUACCAAAAAGGGCCAUCUGACUAUCGUGGCUGGAGCACCAAGAGCCCACCACAGUGGGGCUGUGGUCUUGCUGAAGAAGUCCGAACAGUCUGUGAAGAUGCUUUCGGAAGAGGUCAUUCUUGAGGGACAGGGAUUGGCAUCCUCCUUUGGCUAUGACGUAGCCGUCCUCGAUCUUAAUGGAGAUACGUGGCAAGAUAUCGUAGUUGGGGCACCUCAGUAUUUUGUUAAAGAUGGAGAGAUUGGUGGAGCAGUUUACGUGUACAUCAACCGAGCGGGUAACUGGAACCAAGUCAAGCCCAUUCUUCUGACGGGGCCCAAAGACUCGAUGUUCGGCCUCGCAGUUGAAAACAUUGGGGACCUCAAUCAGGACUCCUACGGAGACUUUGCAGUGGGAGCCCCUUACGAGAUGAACGGUGCAGGAAGGGUGUACAUCUACCACGGCUCGGCCAACGGUAUCAACACUAGGCCAGCACAGAUUCUUCAAACGAAUGAUAAGAAUAUCAAAUUAUUUGGAUACUCUCUUGCUGGAAACAUGGACUUGGAUAGUAAUUCCUAUCCUGACAUUGCUGUUGGAUCUCUGUCAGAUGCAGUGUUUGUUUACAGGGCAAAGCCAAUCAUAAACAUCGAAAAGAGUGUCAAGACGUCACCAACUUUAAUCGACCUGCAGAACAGAAACUGUGGUAACAGUAUAUGCAUGACAGUUGAAGCCUGCUUCAAGUAUACAGCACAGCCAAAGUCCUACAACCCCAAACUGACUAUUGGGUACUUGUUUGAGGCUGAGUCAGAGAGGAGGAAGCUUAACCUGCCAUCUAGAGUCACGUUCAUGACUAAGUCGAACACGGACUCGGAUUUCCAAUCGAGUGGAACCCUGGAGCUGCCUGGGCAGGAUAUAGCGGAGUGUGUCAAGGUCCAACUCAAGUUGAAGGACAACUUCGAGGACAAGCUGAGGAGCAUUCCCAUCGACGUAUCCGUGUCCAUCAAGAGUUCCAAACGCAGGAGGAGGGACACCAUCCUGCCAACACUGCUUCCAAUACUCAACGCCAAUGAGCCCAGCAAGUCCGUCUCCCAGAUAAAAUUUUUGAAGGAAGGGUGUGGACCUGACAACAUUUGUCAGAGCAACCUAGAAAUGAAGUACAAGUUUGUCUACAAAGAACCCAACCAAGAUGUUUUUCGUGACAUGCCAACAAAGGACGGCGUACCUGAGUUGUUGCUCAGUGACCAGAAAGACGUUGCUCUAGAAAUCAAUGUGCAAAAUAAGAAUGGGGAUGACGCCUAUGAAACUAAACUGCAGGCUGUGAUACCCAACUAUCUGUCCUACUCCAAGAGCUUAAUAAAGAUGGAGGAGCAACAAGCUUUCUGUAAUGCCAAUAAGAAUGGCUCGAAGGUAGAAUGCAUUCUCGGGAAUCCGUUCAAGAAGAAUUCAGAAGUUACAAUAUACUUCAUACUGAAUACGGCUGGUGUGACUUUAGACACCAAUGACAUAGAAGUUGAUCUCAAGCUUGAAACGACGAGUGAGCAGGCAAAUCUAACGACCGUGAAAGCAAAGGCGAAGGUGGUCAUUGAACUUCUCUUGUCAGUCUCGGGACUAGCCAAGCCGUCACAAGUCUAUUUUGGAGGGGAGGUGAAAGGAGAAAGCUACAUGGCAACAGAGGAUGACAUUGGCAGCUUGAUUGAAUAUCAGUUCAGGAUCAUGAACCUGGGCAGACCGCUGAAGUCCUUUGGCACAGCCUACCUGAACUUCCAGUGGCCAAAAGAGACCGCAGAAGGAAAAUGGAUCCUGUACCUGAUGAAAAUAAACACUGAUAGGCAGGAAAAAAUCAUCUGCAGUCCCCAUUCUGAAAUCAAUCCUCUGAAAUACAUUAAGGAAUCCUCUAAAUCAAGAAGCAAACGUGCGGCUGAAGAAGAACAAUCAGAAAGCAGAUUCUCCCCUUUCAAAGCGAAAAGGAAAUACGAAAUUCUGAUGUGCGGCAAAGGGGUGACCUGUGUGGAGAUCCGGUGCCCCCUGCAGGACUUAGACAGUAAUGCAGUCAUUGUCAUGCGGUCCCGGCUUUGGAACAGCACUUUCCUUGAGGAAUUCUCCGACCUGAACUAUCUUGACAUCAUCGUGAAAGCCUCUCUCCAGCUCGAUGUGUCCAAACAGAACACUCUUCUCCCAAACGCUGAGACACAGGUGAAAGUCACUGUCUUCCCAGAGAAGAAGGUGGCCAGGUACAGUGGAGUACCUUGGUGGGUCAUCCUGGUGGCCAUUUUGGCUGGAAUCCUGAUACUCUCUCUGCUGGUGUUUCUGCUCUGGAAGUGUGGAUUUUUUAAGCGUUCCAGGUACAUCGACAUUCCGAAAUAUUCAGCGGUACGGAUAAAAAGAACAGAACAAAGCCCUGGAACCCCAGAGAAAAAACAAUGGAUGACUACGUGGAAAGAGAAUGAGAGUUACUCUUAAGCCGAUUGGACCAUGGAAAAGUUCUCUCGUUUCUAAUUGGCUCCAGUUACUGGAGCCAGAGACUCAGUCACAGCCAGCCAGGGGCUGUUUUGCACCACCAAAGUAUUUGACUGUAUAUAUUGAGACAUCUCCGAUUUACUAUAGACAAACCCACAAUACUUCCAGAGGUCAAUUUCAGAGGACUCAACACUUGCACAAUAACAAUGACUGUAAAAGAAAGUAAAGAUUUAGGUCUAUUUUUUUGUAUAACAAUUCAAAAUAUUGUCACUAAAGUGUACACUAGGAUUUCUGUCUUUCAGUGCGUUUUGGUAAAGCUUUUCAGUCGUCAGUUUUUAAAUGUAUGGGAUGAAUGAUUUGUAGGAUUUGUAUAUAUUUAAAUAUUUUUGGAGAAUGUGUAUUUAUUUUCUCAGACUUCAUUCUGUGGAUGUUCCUAAGACCAAAGAAACUUGUGUUUUAUCUUCUGAGGACUUUCAGGAAGACAAAGAAAAUAGGUUUCAAUAGACAUGUCUGCUGGGUUGUUGCUGACCAAGAUUUAAUGUCAGAUAUAAAAACUAGUCUGAAUGGAUGUAAAUAUUUCCUUGAGUAAUUUUUCUGGGAUGCACUAAUAUAGUGCAUAAAAACAUUUUUAAUAGUUAUUUUUAUCUGUUAUUGGUGUGGGGUGGCACAGUGGUUCAGUGGCUAGUAAUGCAGUCUCACACCUCCAAGGAUGUGGUUGAUUGCCCAACAGUUUGUGUAGUUUGCAGGUUCUCCCCAUGUUCAUGCAGUUAGCUGAAUUGGCAUCUGAUCUACCUGUAGGGUGUGUGAGUGUAAGCCCUGUGAUGGACUGCCAUUCUGUCCAGGGAAUCUCCUGUCUUGUGUCUAUUACUUGGAUAGAUGUUACAUUUCGGUUUCAGUUGGAGGAAAUUCAUUCCUUAAAACAGACAUUUUUAAAUGUAUUAUGUUUGCAUAUUUAGAUAUUCACACUGCUUACAGAGGAAUUCUGCUCUACCGCUGUAGCUCUCAUCUCUGGGUACGAUGUUUACAACAUGGAACCAAUUUGCAUGUAUAAAGCUGCUUGUUAUUAUUUUUUUAAUCAAUUUUUAAAGGCUUUUAAGCAAAAAAAUAAUAAUUUUACUUUGGGUUAUUAUUUGAGCAAACAGCUUUCAGCAUAGAUCACCUACAAAAUGCUCCCAGAGUAUAAAAAAAAGCUGACACCUUGCAUAGAUCCAGAAAAGAGCAAACAGCCAGCAAACAGUUACAUCACUUUUUUAUUCAUCUUUAAUAUUUUUACACUCUUUGGAAGUAACUAGUUAUGCAAUAUCGAUGUUAACUUACUGUGUUUAUUAACUCUCAUCUGGUUGGACUGAUAUCCUUAGUCUGAGUGCAAUUUGAAAGGCUACAACAAUCGAAACAUUGAUAUAUUUUCUGAUGGAGGACACAUGAAAGGGAAAGAAAGUCACAUAGUACAGCUUCACAAAAGCCCCACAUUGUCACGAAUGUCACAAAAACAUAGUUACACCUGUCAAGCCAUUUGUUUGUUUAAUUGUUCGAAUGUAUGAAGGGCUGCCACUGAUGCAUGUAAUGGACACAUUUCCUACAGAACCUCUUGAGAACAGCUGUGGAUUUUUAAAAGAAACUUAAUAAAGGAACAAAAUGCUU